UGAUCAGAAAGAAGAAGAAAAAAACACACUCAAUUUCUUUUAAUUAUGGAAUUUUCAACAUCUUUCAAUAUUCAAGCUUUAGUUAAAACGAUCAAGGAAGAGUUGUUGUCAGUCAACAACGAUCCAUAUUCGUUUAUUGCACCUUCUGCUUAUGACACUGCAUGGUUAGCCAUGGUUCCGGAUAUGUCCGAACCACGUCAACCCAUGUUCAAGAACUGCUUGGAUUGGGUGCUCAACAACCAGAACGUAGAAGGGUUCUGGGGAGAGUAUGAUGGCCAUGGCAUGCCCACUAUUGAAUGCCUUCCUGCAACAAUUGCUUGCAUGAUUGCACUCGAACGGUGGAAUGCAGGAGAAAUGAUUAUUGAUAAAGGUAUGGCCUUCAUUGAAGCUAACGCAGAGAAGCUUAUUGGAGAGAUAUAUGACUCUAACUGUCCUCGUUGGUUUGCCAUCGUUUUCCCUGCAAUGGUUGAGAUGGCGCAAAUUAAUGGUCUGGAGAUCAUUUUUCCUGAUAGGAUAAAGAGGGUGGUGAUGAGCAUAUUCUACAAAAGGGAACAAAUUCUUGAAAGGGAAGAACUUGUGGACAAGUAUCAUUAUCCUCCAUUACUAUCAUAUCUUGAAGCAUUGCCUGCUCUAUAUAAUUUUGAUCAAGAAGAUGCACUUAAGCACUUGCAUGCCGAUGGUUCAUUAUUCCAAUCCCCCUCUGCUACAGCAAGUGUUUUCAUGGCUACUGGAAACAAAGACUGCUUGAAUUACCUUCAAACUUUAGUUCAAAAAUGUACUAAUGGAGUCCCGCAAACUUAUCCUAUGGAUGAAGAGCUAUUAAAGCUUUGUAUGGUUAACCAAAUGCAAAGGUUGGGUUUGGCUGAGCAUUUUAACCAAGAGAUUGAAGGACUGCUGGAACAAGUUUACAGGAAUUACAUGAACCAAGAGUCAUGGCCAAAAUGGACAAAUUCGAUGGCAACACAGCUAUACAAAGACUCUUUGGCAUUUUGUCUGCUGAGGAUGCAUGGAUUUCGUGUAUCUCCAAGGAUGUUUUGUUGGUUCCUACUUGAAGAAGAACUUCAAGAUCAAAUUGAAAGCAACCAUGAAUAUUUCUCAAGUGCCAUUCUUAAUGUUUAUCGAGCUACCGAUCUUACGUUUCCUGGAGACCAUGAACUUGAGGAGGCAAGGUCAUUUUCAAGGAAGUUGCUUGAGAAAACCAUAUCAAUUGGAAACGAAGACGAACAUACUGUUCCUUUGCCAAGUUUCCACUCAGUGAUUAAGCAUGAGUUGAGGUUUCCAUGGAUGGCUCGACUGGAUCACCUGGAGCAUAGAAUGUGGAUGGAAGAAAAGAAUAGCUCCAGUCUAUGGAUGGGAAAGACCUCCUUCCAUAGGUUAUCAUGCCUUCAUAAUGACAAACUUAAGCAACUGGCUGUGAAAAACUACGAGUUUCGGCAAACGACAUUCAAGAGUGAAUUGGAAGAACUGACAAGGUGGUCUAAGAGCUGGGGCCUUAGUGACAUGGGGUUCGGCCGAGAGAGAACUGCGUAUUGCUACUUCGCCGUUGCUGCUAGCACAUCACUACCUCAGGAUUCUGAGAUCAGAAUGAUGGUAGCAAAGAGUGCUAUAGUUAUCACAGUUGCUGAUGAUUUUUAUGAUAUGGAAGGCUCUCUUGAUGAUUUGGAAAAAAUCACAGAUGCAGUUCAAAGAUGGGAUGCUAAGGGCUUGAGUGGCCACAGGAAGACUAUCUUUGAUGCCGUUGACAGCCUUGUGAACGAAUUAGCAAGAAAAUACUCUCGGCAACACGGAACCGAUAUAACAAACAUUCUCCGAGAUAUCUGGAGUGAAACAUUUGCUUCCUGGUUUACGGAAGCUAAAUGGAGCAAAAGUGGAUUCAUACCUGCAGCUGAAGAGUAUCUUGAGACUGGCAUGACAUCCAUUGCUUCACACACCUUGGUUCUUCCAGCUUCAUGUUUCUUGAGUCCAAGCAUACCAGAUUACAAACUCAAUCCAGCCCAAUAUGAAAGCAUUACCAAAUUAUUAAUGGUCAUCCCUCGUUUGUUGAAUGACAUACAGAGUUAUAAGAAGGAACAAAAGGAAGGGAAAACCAACUUUGUUUUGCUCCACUUGAAAGAAAAUCCAGAGGCAGACAUCGAAGAUUCAAUUGCCUACGCCAGAGAGAUUCUUGACAAAAAGAAGAAAGAGCUGCUGGAACAUGCUCUAAUGGAUGGUUUUAAUGAUUUCUCUAAACCUUGCAGGCAUCUCCAUCUAUCUUGUGUGAAAGUUUUUCAGAUGUUCUUUGAUUCCAGCAAUAGAUAUGACUCCAACACAGAAAUGUUUCAAGACAUUCAAAAAGCAUUUUAUAUUCCUGUAGAAGUUGGAGCACCAAAGCCUCUGCUUCCUCAUUCCGGAUCAAAACAGAGAUAUCCAGCAGUAGUAGCCAACUAUCACUUCAAUCAGCGGUACAAAAAUCGAAGCAUUAGAUUGGCUGCAAAGAGUGUUGUUUCUCAUCCUAUUUCAGGAAAUCCAUACAUGAAUAUGCCCAUGGCACCAAAGUUAAAAUUCUGUUUCAUGUAAGUAAGUUAGUAAUUUAAUAUAAGAGAAUAAGAGCCGGUGAAGAAACUCUUGGGCUGUA